GUUGUGUGCAGUCUCUGCAAUGCCAAGCUUGCAUACCACGGCAGCACGUCAGCCGUGAAUGAACACCUAAGCGCUGUCACCCAGGUAUCAUUUUGGAAGACGACAGGAGACAACAAGCUGGCAGAUCACGGCAUAUGGGAACGAGGUGGGCGGAGGACACAGCUCCCAUCAUGCUUUGCAGUCAGAAGCAGGAAGAAACAAGUGGACGGCAGCUUGAAUGAGAUGAAAAGAUGUUGGAUAGCGUGACACCGGUGGAGGAGGCAGAAUGUUGUUCAUCAAUUCAAGAGUUACCUCCUCUAAGGGAGCACAUGUGAUCACUUGGUUCUUGGAACUUUCAACCUCCUCUUCAUCUUCUGCACACUCUCCGUAUCCGAAUUCAUGGAGGAUGUCAGCAAGCUCAAAGAGAUCCCUCCAACUCAACCACCGUCUCUGUUGGAACGGAAGGCUCGACAUCCGCAGCCCACGUUUACGUUCCUCAAAUCCAAGCUGAAGCGGAGCGUGAGCUGCUCUGUACCUCGAGUACGCUCCACCUUGUCGGGCUUUUUCCCUGUGGUGCGCUGGCUGCCCAAGUACAAACUGCGAGAGUAUGUGUGGGGGGACGUAAUGUCCGGCUUGAUCGUGGGAAUCAUCUUGGUACCACAGGCCAUUGCCUACUGCCUGCUUGCUGGAGUGAAGCCCAUCUAUGGAUUAUACACAUCAUUUUAUGCUAACGUUAUCUACUUUCUCAUGGGGACAUCCAGACAUGUUUCUGUUGGCAUCUUUAGCCUGAUGAGUCUCAUGGUCGGACAGGUGGUCGACAGAGAAGUCUUCCUCGCUGGAUUUGACCUCAACGAGGACUCAUCUGGUUCUCCGGGAUUCAACGGUUCAUUCAACAUCAACGUAACAACAAGUCAAACUGUGGAGCUAAUGGGUGUGCCCUGUGGGAAAGACUGUUAUGCUAUUAGCAUUGCUGCUGCUCUAACUUUCCUUGCUGGAAUUUACCAGGUCAUGAUGGCAGUGUUUCGUCUUGGCUUUGUCUCCGUCUACCUUUCGGCUCCCAUGUUAGAUGGUUUUGCCACAGGAGCCUCCUUCACUAUCCUGACCGUCCAAGCUAAAUACCUCUUGGGUCUCAAGAUCCCUCGUCAUCAGGGUUACGGCUCAGUUGUCGUAACCUGGUUUAACAUCUUUGCCAACAUUCACAAGACCAACAUGUGUGACCUCAUCACCAGUGCCAUCUGUAUCACCGUAUUGGUGACAGGUAAAGAGAUCCAGGAACGCUACAAAGAUCGUUUAAAGAUCCCUCUACCCACUGAGCUGGUCGUGGUUGCUGGAGCUACGUUGGCCAGUCAUUUUGGGAAUCUCAACAAUCAUUACAGCACAAGUAUUUCAGGUCACAUCCCCACUGGCUUCAUCCCACCUGAAGUGCCCAGCUUUAGUCUAAUGCCAAGAGUAGCACUGGAUGCCAUACCUUUAGCUGUCAUCAGCUUUGCCUUCACCGUGUCUCUGUCCGAGAUGUUUGCCAAGAAACAUGGCUAUACUGUUCGUCCCAACCAAGAGAUGUUCGCCAUUGGCUGCUGUAACAUCAUCCCGUCGUUCUUUCAUUGUUUCACCACGAGCGCGGCUUUGGCAAAAACUAUGGUGAAGGACUCAACGGGUUGUCAGACACAGGUAUCAAGUCUGAUCAGUGCUUUUGUCAUCCUGCUGGUCUUGCUUUUCUUCGCGCCUUAUUUCCAAGCGCUCCAAAAAUGUGUCCUUGCCUGUAUCAUCAUCGUCAGCCUUCAAGGAGCACUGAGGAAAUUCAAGGACGUACCGGCCAAGUGGCGAUCCAGCCGUAACGACGCAGUGGUUUGGCUGGUCGCCAUGUCAGCCACCGCUCUGAUCAGCGUCGAGAUCGGCCUACUGGUUGGCGUCACUUUCUCUAUGUUCACUAUCAUCUAUAAGACUCAAAACCCCAAGGUGUCUCUCCUGGGCCGAGCUGGCAACUCAGAUCUGUAUGAAGAUAUGGAUGAAUACCAAAACCUCACGCCACCAACACGAGUGCGAGUCUUCCGCUUCCAGGCACCUCUCUAUUACGCCAACAAGGACACCUUCCUGAAAGCCCUCCACAAAGCUGUUGGAGUAACACCUUUCUUGGAGAUGACCGGGAGGAAAAAGGCAGAGAAGAAGGCCAAAAGGACGAAGGCUGAGGCAAACGGGGAGGCUAACAACGGAGAUGUCGUUGUGUCCCUCGUGCAAAGAGAACUAGACUUUCACACAAUCAUUUUGGACUGCUCUGCUAUCCCCUUUAUAGACUCCACGGGCAUGUCUGCAAUUAAGGGACUGCUGAAGGAGUUUGAGGAGAUUGGCGUUAGAGUGGUCCUUGCCUGCUGUAAUCCAUCCCUCAUUGAUACUUUGCAGAAGGGACAGGUUUUUGGACAAGAAGGCAAAGACAUGAACAACACCUUGUUCCAUACGGUUCACGAUGCUGUAUUGCAGGUUAACAUUCAGCAGAGGGACAAGAGCUCUGAAGACUCUGUUCUGUAGAGCAAAAGAUGGAAGAAUGAAAAAAAUAUAUGACAGCUAGUGACAGCAGGGUGGGUAGUGAUUGCCACAGAGUUAAAAUGUCCUUCUAGUUACUCCCUGAAUCUGUAAGUGAUGGUACACAUGAACAGGGUCAAAGCAAAGCAAACCUAUCAACUUACAAUUCACCAUCAAACUACAAUUCUACAACGAUUAAAUGAUCGCAUUGUUCAGAAGUUCUACUUCAAAGAUGAAACACUUUUUAGAAACAUGUUUAGUUUAACAUAACCUUCACUUCGGAGUAGUAGGGAUCCAAAACCAGGCCUAUCCAAAAUGUGAAUUACCAGAUCAUAUCUGUAUACCAUGGCCGUGCAGAGAUCAAUGGAGGGGCAGGUGCUCAUAGAUCAAAAGGGGCACAUGAACAAAAAUUCAAUACAUCUUACAACAACAUCCAGUUUAACCAGGUUUACAGUACAAUUGGCUAUGACUGUGACGGACUUGAAUUGGGAGGGGGGAGCAGUGAAUAGAAAUCAACACUGUCAUCAACACUUUCUGGCUGUGACUAUUAGUCUUUGCCUCUUUUCUUCCUUCAACCUCUAUAUCAGACUUCCUGACCCAACUUGUUGUUCAUCUGAGAACAAACCAAAUUAGAUGUUCACUGAGCCACCUUCAGCACAGUUUUUUCAAAACUAUUAUUUCAUUAUUAGAGAACUUAAAGAUGUGUACCUUUCUAGAUAACGUGAAAAGAACGGAUAAAUAUGGUUGACAAUAGAGAGUAGAGACACACGGAUCGAAAUGGCCUUGGGGUGGGGGGGUUGUAAUUCAUUAUUAAAGUAGAAAACUAUAUAAGAGAAAAUUACAUUUUUUUUUUUUUAAAUCCCCACAAUAAACCUGGUGUAAGAAUUUUCACAACAGUAUUUGCUCGAACACGGUUUAAAAGGGUAACACUGUUUUCAACCACCAGAUGUCCUCAGACUCCUCACCACACACCCAGGUCACAGAGGAACAGAGUGCGGGGGGAGGGGGGUUGUGUUCAGUUUUAGCGGCACACAAAUGACUUUUUUGUUUUUAAAAGUGUUUUAGGUGUUCGAGUAAAGUACUCGGUGGCUUGCCUGCACAGUCAGCCAGCACACACAUAAGCACAGAAAAAAAAAAAAACAAUCAAAAGUGCCACUUUGGGCAUGUAGGGGCAAAGGGGCAGGUGCUCAAGCACCCUCGGCCCCCCCUUUGCAUGUGCCUGCUGUAUACAAUGGUUUUGAUACAGGAUGAAAUUAUAUUUACUGGGGUCAUCAGUACAACUGUACAUUUGCAAACUCAAUACAGUAGAACAAUCUGUGUGGAAGGGGAAACCAAACCAAACCAAUAUUUCAUCUUUAGGAUCAUCAUUCACCAUCAAGAAAAUGUUUUGUCUUAUCUCAAGGCACCACACUGUACAAUUGCAAACUCAAAUAAUACAUUAGAACAAUCUGUGUGGAAGGGGAAACAAAACCAAACCAGUAUUUCAUCUUUAGGGUCAUCAUUCACCAUCAAGAAAAUGUUUUGUCUUAUCUCAAGGCACCAGAGCUCCACCUUUGGGUGCCCUCAACUGAAAAGUCAGAUGAUACCCUCACCCCACCCCGAUAUUACCUCACAAAGUAAAAAAAAAAUAUGUAUAUACUUUAAUCAAUAAUCACCCUGCUUUUAAAAAACACCACUAAAGUAUUGUUUUAAAAAUUAAAUCUACAUUUUCAACAAUUUAAUUAGACACACACAUCAGAAUAUCAUGAAAGUACUUCGGUUUGAGUCUUUGGGUAGUCUAGGAUGCCUCUGAUGUAGAUCGGUCCUUGGAUAUCUCAGUUUUUUUUUUUUUUUUUCAUGAUUAUGUUCCCCAACUCAUUUUUAUAUUACAGUACUUUAGUUUGAGUCUAGGGGUAAUCCAGUGUUCCCCAGAAGUGAACCCAUUCUUGGAGAGCUCCCCAUUGUUUCAAUUAACGGACUUGCACUUCAAAAUGUUUCUUUAGGAGUUGUGGAAAACAAAGGUUUGAAUCGUACGUUGUAUUACGUGAACCAAUUCACAUAAAAGUUAGUAUAAGUCAAUAGAGAUUUAUUUUGCUUUGACCAUUUCACCUAUCAAUUAAUUAGGUUCAUAUUCGUGAGAAAUGGGGCCCUGAUCCCCGUUCAAUAAUCUGUUUGGUCUUAUUAAUGUCACGUCCCCAUUAAAAAGUGUACAUGCAGGUUAUGCUGUUUUAUUGUCCCUACCAAUGUUGAGACCAAACCUACGCCCUUGUAAUACAGUAUGUGUAUACCGUACAAACAUAAAAUAAUCCUGUUUAUGGAUAGAAACAGUAGUUGUAAAACUACUAAUGACUAACUACUAAUAACCAGUCUUAUUGACUUUCACUUUACUCUUUAAAUUUUUUUGCUUUCACCUGAUUUGCAUACAAAGUGACAUCUCGGGUGCAUUAAAUUGGCUUUAAAUUGUCUGCAACAGCAGUACUUACCUGUGAGUGACACACAGGCCUUGUCACAGAUUUUUUUCUGUGUUCGAUUCUCAGCACCUGAUUGAUUCUAUGUGCCUUUUUGAUGUCAUGAUAUUUGCAGCAUAAAUAUAAAAAUAUUUAUUUAUAUAUUUAUAUUUAUAAAUGCAGCAGGAAAGAGCAAUAAUGUCAUGCUGAGAGGAAAAAGCAAAGCAAAUACAAACUGUCCGCUAUUUAAAAAAAAAAAAUUACUUUUGUAGUUUGCUGUCUAAACAACAGACUAACGUGGAUGCAUGUAAGUUGGUAAAAACAAACAAACAAACAAAACAAAAUACUGACUUGUUUUGGUGCCCCACUCACUAUGUGCAUUUUGUGCAAAGAGGAAGUAAAUACCCUACCCUCUACAAAUACAGUACAGUAUAUCAUGUUUGUAACAUACAAUCAAUUGUCCAUGGCCAUUGCCCUAGGAUCUAGAGAGAGAACAAAUAUGACGACUACUACUCAAAUGUCUUUCAUUCUUAAAAAAUGUGUGUGGAAAAAAAAAGUUAUGGCUCUGUCCUAAAGCCAAACAAACAUACUGUAAUUAGAGCAGCAUCAAUUAUACACCUUCAGAAUAAUUAUCAGCCUCAUAACAAUGCAAUACAGUAUGGUCAGUAAAAUGGGAUUCAUCCACUGCUCAAUGCAAAAUGAAAAAAAAGUAUGUUUCUUGUUAUAGUUGAAGUUAUUUAUAUAUGCUCGCAUAUCUGGGAAAGGACGGCUCUCAGUUCUUAUGACAUUCUUAUGACAAAAAAAAAAAAAAAAAAUGGCUUUUUCUUUUUUCUCAUUUCCAGCAUUUGGGAAUUUCUCACUAACCUUCCUUAGAGGAAGAACAGUAUCCUCCAAAAGGGAGAAUUUGCUCUCAUAAAUAGAAAAUGUAUCUUUUUAUAUUUUCUCUCUGAUUGAAUUCCUGUACUUAGGAUUUUUUGAUUAUGGAACAAUCUCAAAGACAAAUAAAAGAUUUUCACUUUCAUUAUACGUGGAGAUGGUACUUUGUUUUAUUAUUAUUAUUAUUAUUGGUUAAUAUAUAAAACAAUCCAAGUGCCUCAAAUUUCCCAAGACUUGUACAUAUGUCCUGAAAAAUGUCAACCCAAUUCAUCUGUAUGCCUCUUGAUGAUGCUUAUUUAUCUUGCAUCUUUAUGCUGCAUUUAACAAUUCUUAGUUUUUCACAAAAUGUUGAAUCAUGUUGGCUGCAUUUCGGCCUUACAAUAAUUAGCAGGUUUGCCUCUUGUGCCUUUAACUAAGGUGACCAAAGUCUUGAUGCUAACCAAAGUCAAUUAUUAGCUGAGGCUUAAAAAUAAUUUCUCAAGAGGUUUUAAACUCGUUUCUUCUCCUCGACCCCUUAACUAAUGUUAUGUUAGUAGCAAGUAGCAAAUUCACCUAAAGGGUUGACUUGGACUUUUUUUUUUUUCCUUUGAUGAAUUAUUGCAAGUCUACCUGAAGGGUCUCAUUAUGAUUAUAUCUGUGUGAUAUAAUUUGCAGUUUUAGUGAAAAUAACAGUUGAUGCUACAUCCUUGUUGAAAUGCUGUCUGAUUUGUGCAGUAACUAACAGAAAUAUUCAAAAUUUUGUGACUUCGCAUAUUUUCAUGUCUUAAAAAACUUCAGAAUGAUUAUUAUGUUUUUAGUUCUAUUCUCAUGUUUUCUUUUUUAAACUGUUAAUACUAUGGAUGUCAGUUAAGCAUGCAUUUUGCAAUAAUGUUUGACAUUCAUGUGAAGCACAACCUUAAUUAAUGUUCUUUCCUUGAAAAAAACUUCUUUUUCCAUCUUUUUUUACCAGUAGACAGUUGCACCAGGAUUCUAAAGUAAAUGUAUAAAAUAACGCAACAAUAUAAAUUAACAAAGCCUACAGUGUGAAAUGUUGCUGGCUAACAUUUGUCAAAAUGAUUAAAAGGAAAAAACAGGAAGGUGCUACAAUCACAUUUAACACUCCCUGUAUAAAAAUAUACUUCUGAAUUCCAAAAUGUGCUGAGUCCUCUAACUACUUUAGUAUUAUCCAAAAGGAUGAAAACAUUGUGACUCACAUCCGUCAUGACAUUGCUUCCGAACACAAUUACUUAUUUUACAAACUGUGACAGGUCUUGUUAAACAUCAACGAGUCGGAGUGUAACAGAAUCUCAUGCAUUCAUUGAAUCUUUUUUUUUUUUUUUUUAAUCUUGAAAGAAGCUUACAGUAGUUGCAUGCUUACAGUACGAUUCGCCAGCUUUAUAUGAAAGUUUUUUCUGGAUUUGCUGUAAAACACUAUGACACUCAAUAGCAAAUA